CAAGCAAUUUCAGUCCGUCAAAUAUCAAAAUCCCUAGCUGUAAAGCUUCCAACAUUUCUUAUUCUUUCAUCCAAACCCAACAUCUAAGAAAUCUCUCAACCAAUUCCUCCAUAAGACGUCCCAACGAUCUCGUUUCCAUAUUAACUUAAAGUCUUAUUUUCGUCUUUGAGACGUAUCCUCGAAAACCCAUAUCCAUUUUCUCUUCCAGGAUUAUUUCCCCCACCCACCGUUUCUUUUGAUUCUCUAUGAUCGGAGAUUGGGUUGGACUCUCCCACACAAAAAUGAGGGUUUCGACUUUCGCUUUUGUUGUUCUCCUUGUUUAUGCUUCUCUUUUGAUGAUUGGGGCCGACGAGAUAGACCAAAGUCAACAGACGGAGCGAAUUUCAGGAAGCGCUGGUGAUGUUUUGGAAGAUGAUCCUGUGGGAAGAUUAAAAGUGUUUGUUUAUGAGCUGCCAAGCAAAUACAACAAGAAAAUACUGCAGAAGGAUCCCAGAUGCCUUAACCACAUGUUUGCUGCUGAGAUCUACAUGCAUCGGUUUCUGUUAGGCAGUCCAGUUCGAACACUCAAUCCUGAAGAAGCUGACUGGUUCUACACCCCUGUAUACACUACUUGUGACCUUACGCCAAAUGGGCUUCCUUUGCCUUUCAAAUCCCCACGAAUGAUGCGAAGUGCAAUCCAGCUGAUCUCUUCAAACUGGCCUUACUGGAAUAGGACAGAAGGGGCUGAUCACUUCUUCGUUGUCCCCCAUGACUUUGGAGCCUGCUUUCAUUAUCAGGAAGAGAAAGCUAUUGAACGAGGGAUUCUUUCGUUGCUCCAACGUGCUACCUUGGUUCAGACUUUUGGACAGAGGAAUCAUGUUUGUCUGAAGGAGGGUUCAAUCACAAUUCCUCCAUAUGCUCCUCCACAGAAAAUGCAAUCCCAUUUGAUUACCCCAGACACUCCACGCUCCAUCUUUGUUUAUUUCCGGGGUUUGUUUUAUGAUGUGGGAAAUGACCCAGAAGGUGGUUAUUAUGCAAGAGGGGCACGGGCAUCAGUUUGGGAAAACUUCAAGGAUAAUCCACUUUUUGACAUCUCUACUGAGCACCCAAGUACAUAUUAUGAAGACAUGCAGCGUGCUGUUUUCUGCUUGUGUCCUCUGGGCUGGGCCCCGUGGAGUCCUAGAUUGGUUGAAGGAGUGAUAUUUGGUUGUAUUCCUGUUAUCAUAGCAGAUGACAUUGUGCUACCAUUUGCAGAUGCUAUCCCGUGGGAGGAAAUUGGGGUGUUUGUAGAUGAGAAGGAUGUUCCUAAAUUAGAUACCAUCCUUACGUCAAUACCUCCGGAAGUAAUAUUGAGGAAGCAGAGGUUGCUUGCCAACCCUUCAAUGAAGCAGGCAAUGCUUUUCCCACAGCCUGCUCGGCCGGGAGAUGCUUUCCAUCAGAUCCUGAAUGGGCUCGCACGUAAGUUGCCUCAUGACAAGAGUGUUUACCUGAAGCGCGGUGAGAAGAUCUUAAACUGGACUGCAGGUCCUGUUGGUGACCUGAAACCAUGGUAGCAGCAACAUCUACUCUGGAAUGCUAUAAUCUCACCGUUUUUGCCUCGCCUCAGCCCACCCAAAUUCUGUUUACGUCAAUUCCAUCGGGAUGCUGGCUUCAUUUCAUUCAUACUGAAAAAGUAAUUGUAAAUUACCAUUUUGUUGAAAGCCAAAACGAUUACAUUUUACUUAUCCUUGUUUCCCCUCCCCCCUUCCUUUGUUUAGGUUUAGGUAGAGUUUUAGAUGUGUGACGCAUGUGUUGCACUUGCCCUUAUUGGGUAAUCAUAAUUUGAUCUUAAUGCUAACAUCUUAAUUUGAAGCUCUCAGAAUAUU